GUGUCGUCAUAAUCGAAGAAAGCUUGCUAUCGUCAAAGUCGGAGAGGUCGUCGUCGUCGCGUGUCAAGAGCCCGAUUAUUGUCUCACUAACGGAAUAACCUAUCGCUAAAAGCUAACAAGACUGCAAUUUUGGAUUUAUUUUCAGAAGGACGAUAAAAUCUAAAAGACAAAAUGGUUGAAAACUUAUCAGAAGAUCAAAAGUGCGAGUUCAAGGCGGCGUUCUCUAUCUUCGUUAAAGAUGUGGAAGGCGAUGAGAUCAGCUCGAGAGAGUUGGGAAAACUCAUGAAAAUGUUGGGACAGAACCCAACAGAAAAUGACUUGAGGGAAAUGAUGGAAGAAAUUGAUAUUGACGGCAGCGGUACAAUUGACUUUGACGAGUUUUGCCUGAUGAUGUACAGACAAAUGCAAGCCGAAGAAGAAGCCAAGAUCCCACAGAGAGACGAGAAAGAACUGAGCGAAGCUUUCAGGCUUUUUGAUUUGGACGGUAACGGUUUCAUUGACUGGGAUGAAUUAAAGGCUGCCUUGAUCGGCACCGGUGAAUGUGUAGAGAACUGGGAAAUCGACGACAUGAUGUCUGACGGAGACAAAAACAAUGAUUGGCAGAUCGAUUAUGAAGAGUGGCUCGCCAUGAUGAAGCACGUCCAGUAAUUUUCACCUUCAAGACGGCGGGAAAAGAAAAAAUUGAACUUUUAUACGGUUGAAUGCACAACAUGACGUCACAAUCCGCAAUUUUUUAACGUAGAUGUAUAAAUUAUAAAUAAUUUCAUAAAUAUUUUCAAAAUUUUACUAAAAACGGAAACGAUUUUUUGACAGAAAAUUAUCUACGAUUAAGUAUGAUCAUGGUAUUUACAUUUAUUUAUUGAAAAAAUUUAACAAUUGGGUGGCAUUUAUGAUGUAAUAAAGGACGCUACAUAUUGGUUA